GCAAUAGGACAGCUAAAUCGAACUGAGCAACUAAUUUCAAGAGUUCGUCUCAAGAAUAAGGGCCUUGGCACGGUCGAGUUUCUCAAAAGUUUAGAAAGGCGCGAUUCUCUCUGAGCCUGAAGUGGCCGUUUAUAUCGUCUGGUUAUUGGAAGCUCUCGCCAUCUCAAUCUCCAAAUCCGCCCUUCUCACUCGACACGCUCAGCACGAUUUGCCAACGCCCCUUCAUUCAACAAUUAUUUUUUCGCUAUGCCUCCCGUUCAGGUCCACACCAAAUCCCCCAUCAACGCCGCCAAAGCGUCGGGCGUAACCCCGCAAACCGCCGCCCCGGGAGUAGCAGGUCCCGACGUGUCAGGCGACGCCACAACGACACCAAUAACAACAACAACAGCAGCAGCAGCAGCAGCUUCCUCAGCCUUCCACCCCUCCUCCAACCCACCACCGACACGGACGACCCCCUCUCUCCAGCAACCACCGCCCCCUCCGCAGCCAGGCGCGGUCCCCCGCCUCCCGGAAGCCACGGGAGCUCCAGCGCCGCCGCGGAACUCGACAGGAGACUCGCCGGGCGCCGGCGGCCCGGCCCCCCCCCGGGCACCGACCGCGACCGCGGCCCCGAUUCCCGGCGUGAGCUACCCGCCGCAAAUGGGCCGCCCGCCCCCGCAGGCGGGGCAUAACCAGCGCGGGACGACCGCGGCGCCGCUCGGCGGAGGGGCGUACCCUGGCCCUGGCCCGGGCCCGGGCCCUGGCGGCUACUAUUACUACCAGCAGAACGGGAGUUCUGCGUCAUCGGCGGCAGCGGCGGCGGCGGCGGGGUACGUACCGCCUUACCAGGGCGGCGGCGGCGGUGGGAGUUGGGGGACGGGUGAGGAUGAGGAGGAGGGGUUCUUCGGCUCGGCGCUGAAGCUCGCCAAGGCAGCCGGGGAGAAGCUGUCUGCUGCUGAGAGCGAGGUCUGGAGGAGGAUUAACGGGGAGGGGAAUUAGGAUUAUUCUUAUUUUUUUGUUUUUAAUUUGGGAAGUGGGUGGUUUGAGGAAGUUAGGGAUUAGAAUUACUUUAGUAGUAUCCACGCAGGUCUGUUUAAUUGCUUGGCCGUAUCUUCAAGAGCUAUUUAAUCCUGAAUUUCACAUCUGC